UUCGGCGAUCGGGAAGAUAGGGGAGUACAAGGAUGCGGCAGCCGAGAAGGCGAGGAGUGCGAUGGACUAUCUUACGGGGAAGAAAGAGGAGACCAAGCAGAAGACUGCCGAAACUGCUGAAGAAGCAAAGGAGAGGAUGGGUGCAACGGAGGAAUCGACGAGACAGAAAAUGGAAGGGUUGAAACUCCGGGCAAGGGACGACAAGGAGGAAGCCGGGCAGAAGGCUGGGGAAGCCAAAGAGACUGCAAUGGAGAAGGGGCGAGAGGCGGAGGGAGGGAUACUGAGUUCCAUAGGCAAUGUAACCGAGGCGAUCAAGGAGAAGUUCUCCACGGGGACCACCACGGGACCCAAGGAGACGGUGGAGCAUAGGAGGUACGUGGCCGGAGGCGGCCCCGAGCACGGAGGGGAGGAGGCUGAUGUGGCAGUGAGGCUGAAACAGUCGGAGCAGAUGCACGGGCAAACUUUCAAUGACGUUGGUCGGGUGGAGGAGGGGGAGGAGGAGGGUGGCCGCGGGGAGCGCCACGGCAAGAUGUGAGUUCUUGGAUCUUGCUGUGUGUAUUUGGUUUGUUUGUUUAGUUGUUGUGGUAUUUUGCUUGUGAGGUGGUUGAUGCCCCAUAUAUGUAAUGUGUGUUGAAGUUUUGUUGCGUCCCAUGAUGAUGGGUACUGAUGACAGUGAGAUGUAAACAAAUCAAAGUGCUUACUGCUCAGUAUUUCCAGGUAUCUUGCUUAUAUUUGGUCAGUACCCGCAGAUAUCUUGCAUAUAAUAUUUGAUGGUAAAUGGAAGUUUCUGUCA